GCGGCGGCGGCGCAGGCGCGGUUCCCGCCUCCUCCCGGCUGGCGGAGCGAGUGGAGGCUGCAGCCGGCUCGGCUCGGCUCGGCUCCCGCGUCGCCGCUGCCGCCGCCGCGAAGCCCCCCGCCCCGUUUCCGCCGCGUCGGGAUGAGCUCCCGGAAAGUGCUGGCCAUUCAGGCCCGAAAGCGGAGGCCGAAAAGAGAGAAACAUCCGAAAAAACCCUGGCAGCCACCAGUCUGCUUUCUGUCUUUAUGAACUUGAGUGCUCCAGAUACCUGUACAGAAAUCAAGCAGAAGAUUGAGCUGCUGAUGUCAGUUAACUCUGAGAAGUCGUCCUCUUCAGAAAGGCCGGAGCCUCAGCAGAAAGCUCCCUUAGUUCCUCCACCGCCCCCUCCGCCGCCCCCGCCGCCCCUGCCGGACCCCACGCCCCCAGAACCGGAGGAGGAGAUCCUAGGAUCCGACGAUGAGGAGCAGGAGGACCCUGCCGACUACUGCAAAGGUGGCUACCAUCCAGUGAAAAUUGGAGACCUCUUCAAUGGCCGAUACCAUGUCAUUAGGAAGCUAGGAUGGGGACACUUCUCAACCGUCUGGCUGUGCUGGGAUAUGCAGGGGAAAAGAUUUGUUGCAAUGAAAGUUGUAAAAAGUGCCCAGCAUUAUACAGAGACAGCCUUGGAUGAAAUAAAAUUGCUCAAAUGUGUUCGAGAAAGUGAUCCCACUGACCCAAAUAAAGACAUGGUAGUACAGUUAAUUGAUGACUUCAAGAUUUCAGGCAUGAAUGGAAUACAUGUCUGCAUGGUCUUCGAAGUACUCGGCCACCAUCUCCUCAAGUGGAUCAUCAAGUCCAACUACCAAGGCCUCCCAGUUCGUUGUGUGAAGAGUAUCAUUCGGCAGGUCCUUCAGGGGUUAGAUUAUCUGCACAGUAAGUGCAAGAUCAUUCAUACUGACAUAAAGCCAGAGAACAUCUUGAUGUGUGUGGAUGACGCGUAUGUGAGAAGAAUGGCAGCCGAGGCCACCGAGUGGCAGAAAGCAGGUGCUCCUCCUCCUUCAGGGUCUGCAGUGAGUACGGCUCCGCAGCAAAAGCCCAUAGGAAAAAUAUCUAAGAACAAAAAGAAAAAACUGAAGAAGAAGCAAAAAAGGCAGGCUGAGUUACUGGAAAAGCGCCUGCAGGAAAUAGAAGAAUUGGAGCGAGAAGCCGAAAGGAAAAUAAUAGAAGAAAACAUCACGUUGGCGGCACCUUCCAAUGAACAGGACGAUGGGUACGGCCCAGAGAGCAAACUCAAAGCUGCCGGCUUAGAGGACGCAGCCGAGGGCGAGCCCACCAACGACAAUGGUGAGGCUGAGGACCAGGAAGAGAAAGAAGACACCGAGAAAGAAAACACUGAGAAAGAUGAAGACGAUGUUGAACAGGAAUUGACCAACACAGACCCUGCGUGGAUAGAAUCCCCCAAAACCAAUGGCCAUAUUGAGAAUGGCCCGUUCUUACUGGAACAGCAGCUGGAUGAUGAAGAUGAAGAAGAAGAAGAUUGCCCAAAUCCUGAGGAAUAUAACCUCGAUGAGCCAAAUGCAGAAAGCGAUUACACAUAUAGCAGCUCCUAUGAACAAUUCAACGGUGAAUUGCCAAAUGGACGGCAUAAAAUUCCCGAGUCACAGUUUCCGGAGUUUUCCACAUCGUUGUUCUCUGGGCCCUUAGAACCUGUGGCUUGUGGCUCUGCACUUUCCGAGGGAUCCCCACUUACCGAGCCUGAGGAAAGCAGUCCAUCCCACGACAGAAGCCGGACGGUGUCAGCCUCCAGCACUGGAGAUUUGCCAAAAACAAAAACCCGGGCGGCUGACUUGUUGGUGAAUCCCCUGGAUCCGCGGAACGCAGAGAAAAUUAGAGUUAAAAUUGCCGACCUGGGAAAUGCUUGUUGGGUGCAUAAACACUUCACAGAAGACAUCCAGACGCGUCAGUACAGAUCCAUAGAGGUUUUAAUAGGGGCAGGUUACAGUACGCCUGCUGACAUCUGGAGCACAGCGUGUAUGGCAUUUGAGCUGGCAACGGGAGAUUAUUUGUUUGAACCACAUUCCGGGGAAGACUACUCCAGAGAUGAAGACCACAUAGCCCACAUCAUAGAGCUGCUAGGCAGUAUCCCAAGGCACUUUGCUCUGUCUGGAAAAUAUUCUCGGGAAUUCUUCAAUCGCAGAGAUCACAUAGCAUUGAUCAUUGAACUGCUGGGGAAAGUCCCUCGAAAAUACGCUAUGUUGGGGAAAUAUUCCAAGGAGUUUUUCACCAGAAAAGGAGAGCUGCGGCACAUCACCAAGCUGAAGCCCUGGAGCCUCUUUGAUGUCCUUGUGGAAAAGUACGGUUGGCCCCACGAAGAUGCUGCACAGUUUACAGAUUUCCUGAUUCCCAUGUUAGAAAUGGUUCCAGAAAAACGAGCCUCAGCUGGCGAAUGCCUUCGGCAUCCUUGGUUGAAUUCUUAGCAGAUUCUACAAAUAGAGCAUUCUGAGCUAGCAAAUGUUUUCCAGUGCAUUGGACCUAAACGGUGACUCUCAUUCUUUAACAGGAUUACAAGUGAGCUGGCUUCAUCCUCAGACCUUUAUUUUGCUUUGAGGUACUGUUGUUUGACAUUUUGCUUUUUGUGCACUGUGAUCCUGGGGAAGGGUAGUCUUUUGUCUUCAGCUUAGUAGUUUACUGACCCACUCUCUUCUGGAAACAAUAACAUGUCUCGAAGCAUUGUUUGUGUCGUGUGACAUUCAAAUGUCAGUUUUUUUGAACAAAAAAUACUUUCCCCCUUGUGUUUUGGCAGGUUUUGUAACUAUUUAUGAAGAAAUAUUUUAGCUGAGUACUAUAUAAUUUACAAUCUUAAGAAAUUAUCAAGUUGGAACCAAGAAAUAGCAAGGAAAUGUACAAUUUUAUCUUCCGGCAAAGGGACAUCAUUCCUGUACUAUAGUGUAUGUAAAUGCACCUGUAAAUGUUAAUCUCCAUUAAAUAUGGGAUGGGGACUCAAAUUUCAGAAAAGCUACCAAGUCUUGAGUGCUUUGUAGCCUGAGUUGCAUGUAGCGGACUUGAACUGCUCCCAGGAGUGGGGCAGACUUUUCAUUCCAUAACAGUCCUUUUACAUUGGAUUUUAAAGAAAGUGGCUCUGAGUUAUGUCAUUCCCUAUAUGGCACUUUAAAGCAAGACAUGCUUUCAUUCUAAAAUACGUAUUAUAGUUUUAGCACUCCCAUUCAUAUUUUUGCAUAUUUUUUAAAAGUACUUUAAAGGAAAAAGAGCAAUUUCCCUUUAAAAAUGUGAUAGCCCGGUACCAUGUGGUGUUGCCUCCUCCAAACACUGUAAGUUAAACUCUACGUAGAUUAAAUUGGAUGACAAAACCAUGUGCAGUGUGUGGAAUGAGAAAAAACAAAAUAUAUAUAUAUAUAUCUAUA